GAUAAGUUGUAGAAGCAGAAUGACUCAACUUACCACUCCCACCCGAACAAACUGCCAUUUUUAUUUCACUAUUCACUACUGGUUACUUCACUCUACUCUUUCUUCUUCUCCCCACAUAUAAAAACACUCUCGUCUUCUUUCGCUUUCACACUGUCACUCCCCUUACACGUUUCUGCCGUGUUUUGCUCUGCUCUGCUCCUCCUCUAUCUUUCUUCCUGUUGAACAAAUUACAAACCCUAAUCUCGCAACGCUCUGUUUGUGCUUGGAUUAAUAAAAAUAAUUUCAUUAUUAUAGAGUUUUACUAUUAUGGUAAUGGCCGAUAAUGAAGGAGGAGAUGAUCGUCAGAAGGAGAUGGUGAGCGGCCUCAAGUCUCCGUGGAAGACCACUUGUGUUGUCAUGGAUGCCGCUUCCGUCAUCAGUCCCGACUCUUGGCCCGCUCUCUCCGACGCUCAACAUCGCUCUCCUAAACCUUCCUCUGAUACACCACUCGUCCAGGGAGCUUCUGUGGAACAGAAAACUCAUAGUUCAGGAAUUUCUAAUCCUAAUCCAUCACAUAAACAGCAACAUUCACAUGUGCGUAAUCAGAAGUCAGGGUCUAAGCGAAAUCCGAACACUGCUCCACCUUUUCCUGUACCUUUUCCUUACCAUCAGCCAGCUCCUAUGUUUCAUCCAAUGGUGCCUCCCCCGCCCAUCGGCUAUGCGGCUUAUCAGCCGUACCCUGGACACUUUUCAGCUGUUGAAAAUCAGACAGGUUUUGCUUCCCCAGUAGUUCAUGCUGUUGAUGCUGUCCGGAAUGUUCCACCGCCUCCUCGAGGAGAUCUCAAUGCUUCUGGGGUCAAUGCAAGUGUAAAUUUCUAUAGUAGAAGAGCUCCUAAUAUGCAAGAACCUGCUUGGCAUCAUCACAGACCUAUUAAUCACCAUGAAGGUAUUCCUAUGGGACCUCGGCCUUUAGUGAGGACUGCCUUUUUUGGUCAUACUCCCAGUCCUGGAUAUAUGGUUGGUCCAAGCUUUACUGGACCUGCAGUUUGCUAUGUGUCUGUAGCACCUCCAGGCUCUGUUAGGGGACCUCAUCCUCCUCACUUUGUCCGAUAUCCUAUUCCUCCAGGCAACCCCAUGUUACCUCCAGAGACACUGGCAUUGACGGGUAGCAUUGUAAAACAAAUUGAUUAUUAUUUCAGUGAUGAAAAUCUUCAGAAUGACCAUUACCUAAUUUCCUUGAUGGAUGCCCAAGGAUGGGUUCCAAUAUCCACUAUUGCUGAAUUUAAAAGGGUAAAGAGAAUGAGUACAAAUAUACCCUUUAUACUUGAUGCAAUGCACAGUUCUAGUACUGUAGAAGUGCAGGGUAAUAAGAUUCGGAGACGUGAUGAAUGGUCCAAGUGGAUUCCAUCCUCUGCUGAACUUAAGGAGAAAUCCCCAAGCCAACAGUUAGAGAACUCUAUCGAUUUAAUUAACAAAGGUGAUAGUAAUGAAGGUAAUACAGGGGAAGCCUCUGAAGAAAAUACUGAAAUACAGCCGAACAGGGAUAGUGCAGAUAUAACACAUGACAGUAAUGCUGAACAGAGUGGUGAGUCUGUUAUUAAUGGCAGAAAACAAGCAUUCUGUGCCGAAAAUGGUGUGUUGAUAGCAUCGAUUUUUGAUUCAGAUAACUUGUCAGGUAUUGAGAACAGGGAUGAUAGUUCCUGUCAAAACCAGUUACAAAGAGAUGAGUCUGCAAGAUUUGUUGACCACAAGGCUGAAAGCUUGGAGUCCACUUCAAAUAUGGCUGUACGGCAUCUUAAUGACCUGUCAAAUGAUUUUGCAAACACAUUUAUGCUUGAUGAAGAACUAGAGAUUGAACAGAAAACAGCAAAAAAGGAUGAGCUUACUGCAGCCAGAAGGAUUGAUGAUGAAGAUGAUGAGGUUGUUGUAAAUGAUCAUGAUGUUCAGAGACUUGUAAUUGUCACACAGAAUAGUUGGAUGGUUGAAGGAUCUAAAACUGAUGGUGAAGGAUUAAAAGGAUUGAAAUCCAUUUCUAAUGAGCUCGCUUCUGCAAUAAAUGAUGGUCUUUAUUUCUAUGAGCAGGAGCUUAAAACUAAGAGAUCACAUCGUAGGAAGAAUAACUCGGGUUUUGAGAACAAAGAUGGAAACCCAAGGCCUUCAGUUUGUGCUCCAGGAGUGUCAAAUUCAAAGGCAGGUGACAAUACUGCUACAAGCAGUGGUAAUGAAGAAUCUGGAAGUGCCAGUUCACGCCGUAAGCAAAAUAAAGGUUUUCACAGGCAGCAAUCUUCCCACAAGCAGCGAUUUUUCUCCAGCAACUUUAGAAAUCAUGGAACCGGUCGGAAUUCUCUUGGAAUUGUAUCAGAAAGUCCACCAAGUAAUUCAGUUGGAUAUUUCUUUGGUUCAACCCCUCCUGAAAAUCAUGGCCCAAGGCCUUCAAAAUUGAGUGUUUCACCCCAUGGGUUUCUCUCUGGAAGUAGUCCACCUGUGGGUUCCAUGCCAAAAUCGUUCCCUCCAUUCCAGCAUCCAGGUCAUCAGGUUUUAGAAGAAAAUGGCUUCAGACAGCAGAAGUACUUAAAGUUUCGGAAGCGGUGCUUAAAUGAGAGGAAGAAGUUGGGAGUUGGCUGCAGUGAGGACAUGAAUACACUGUACACGUUUUGGUCAUAUUUCAUUAGAGACAUGUUCAUCCCUACUAUGUAUAACGACUUUAAGAAGUUUGCUCUCGAAGAUGCAGCUGCUAAUUAUAAUUAUGGAAUAGAGUGUCUUUUCAGGUUUUAUAGUUAUGGUUUGGAAAAAGAGUUCAGAGAGGAUCUUUAUAACGACUUUGAGCGGCUGACACUUGACUUCUACCACAGAGGCAAUCUUUAUGGCCUUGAAAAAUACUGGGCAUUCCAUCAUUUUCGAGGGUCAGGUGAGCAGAAAGAGCCCCUAAAGAAACAUCCAGAGUUGGAAAGGUUACUUAGGGAAAAAUAUCGUAGCAUGGCAGACUUUCCUGCUAAAGAAAAAAGUAAAAGUAUGAAGGAAGACAGCCAUUAGGCCCAACUAAUUACUUGUUUUCUGGCGGCAUUGAGAUGAUGACAUUCCAAUUUUGAAAAUGAAUCCUGACAACUUAACAAAGCCAGUCGGAGACUCUGGCCGGUACAUGUUUUCAAUGCCAGUGAUUUUUUUUUUUAAUUUUGUAUAUUGUAUAUUAGGGGGGGAUCCUUCACUUGUGAGGGCUGCUCAUUUCUGAGGUUUUGAUAUGGUUCUAUUGCUUGAGCUAUUCUGGCUCCCUGUGAUUUUUAUUUUUGAGUUGUCUGCAAGCUUGGAAAGGUGCCUGUGUUUUUUUUUCUUUUUAUUUUAAUUGGUCAGUUCAGUUCCCCCCUAAUUGUAACUUGUACAGAAACGAAAACUGAAGACCUCCCCAUCACUCCAAAAAAAAAAAAAAACAAAAUAAGGUUGUAGGUACCUUCUGAAAGUGAACAAUAAGAAAUUCAAUUUUAAAUUUUAGUGACA